GGGGAAGGGGGAGGAAAGAGAGGCGAAGCACUGCAUGUAUAUAACUCUGGCUCUUCCUCUGGACUCACACACACGCACUUCAUCGCCAUGGCUACGAGAGUCUUCCUCGUCUUCAUCCCUCUCCUGGUGGCGUGUCAGUUGAAGACCGUGCAGGGAAGCGUGCUGGAGUGCCAGACGACGGGAAAGUUCCCACAUCCUGAGGACUGCGGAAAAUACGUAGUCUGUUUACAAGAUGGUCCCGUGGGUCAAUUUACGGCCAAGGAAGGCUACUGUUUCGGCUUUCCCUAUUCCCCCACCGAGCGUCGAUGUGUUUCCCAUGAUCAGCAGCCGGAUUGCUUCACCAAAGGGUUAAGGAACAGCCUCUCAGUCCCACAUCUUAAUUUCCUGUGUAAUAAUGGAAGGACUCAGGGUUGCUUCCAUUGCAAGCUCCCAUACUUCUGCAUCAAUAACAGCGCUUAUGUCUCUCAGUGUGAUGAAUAUGAGGCCUGUUCAGAGCAUGUUUUCGGCUCACCAUUAUGCUUGCCAUAUUCUUACAACACUGACGUAUGCUUUUGUAACAAAACUGGUUUAAUGCCUGAUUAUUACAAUGAUACGUAUUACAUGUUUUGUAUUGCAAAUGCAAAUCAAUCUCAUGUAACAUCAUACAUAUAUGCAUGCCCUGAAGGCAAGACAUUCUCAAGUACUAGUAACAAUUGCGAGGAAUCCAAACCUCCUGUGACCCCAGAGACUCCUUCUUGUGACGGAUCGACUGCAACAAGGGUCAACCCGAACGACUGCAGCUACUUCUACACCUGUCUUCCUGACAACACUGUCAGGACAUCAAGCUGCGGUGUCGAUAAAUACUUCUUCGAGAAAAAUGGCACAUGCGUACCCAAGUGUUCUGUGAUCACACAUUCUAAUGAUGAAUAUUUGUGUCAAACCGAAGGGAAGGUAUGGACUACUGAAAACUGUACUAGAUACCACCUGUGUUUGAAAGAAGGAGAAAAACCGCAUGCCACGAAAAAGUGCCCAACUGGAUAUUUUAACAGCCUGGAUAAAGCCUGUAGUACACAGACUCCUCCUCCUGAGUGUAUCGUCUUUGAUUACAGUAAGUGUCCUGGUCAUGACAAGCUGAACUGUUAGACGACAUGAGGGCUAUUGUUACUGUCAGAAACAGUUGUUGCUGUUUUUAUUUCAUUAAAUAAUAAGUUUAAUUUAUCCUCUACGUACUGUACAUAUCAAAUAAAAUUAGAGGAAAAUAAAUUAACACAGGAUUUUUCCAAGAAAUUAAUCGGUAUGGAGAAAUGAUAGAAUUUAUAAUAUUCAGAAUGUACAACAAAUGUGAUUAAAAAACUUGAUAAGUAAUGAAAUUAAUAUAUACUUAUCAAAUGUAGAAAUUUCGGAAAUACACUUUAAAUC